GCAAUUGAGAGAAGGUAUCCAAAUACAAGCCAAGUGUCUCUCUCCUGCACUAUUCAUUUGCAUGGAGUUCGAUAUUCAGCUGGCAUGAUUAUCUCUGCAGGACAAUGUAGUGGCUUGCCAGAAUUUUUCAAAAUACUGAACUGUGUAGUGACCCCCAAAGAUGUGUCAUUCCUUUGUAAAAAACUGUCAGCCUGGUAUCUUGAACAUUUCAGGUCUUUUGAGAUAAAGGAAAGCAGUUUUAGUGACAUUCAUGUUCUUGAUCCAGACAUGCUGAAUGACUUCCAUCCAUUGACAGCAUACAAAGUUGGUAUGAAAGUGCUUGUGACUCCAAAAGUGUUUUUAACUCAUUAGGAGAUAAGAGAUGACAGUUGUGUCUCUAUUCUUGAUCAGACACUACAUUCCACACACUAGAAUAUAUUCACUUAUGUUCCUAUUAUUGCUGUUAAGAAUGGAAAAUAAAUGUGUCCCAGUGAAUUAAUGAUGACUGCUUUUGACUCUACGUUCUGCUUUCUAUAGUGAGCAUGUUGCUGCGGGUUCACAUUUCCCCUACCAACAUCCGGAGGGUAGAGCUGCCUGAAAGGCCUGCAUCUGUGGGCCAUUUGAAGUCUUUCCUUAGUGAGACAUUACAGCUCAAAUCUGGAUUCUCACUACAAUUUGAAGACCCGGACUUUAACAAUGAACUUUGUAACUUGAAUGACAUCAAAGAAUUGCCAGCAGCAAAGGCAACCUUAAAGGUUCUGUGGGAAGCAUCUCCUCCAUUGGACUCAACAGAUACAAGUUCAGUGUCCUCACUUGAUACAGCAAGCAUGACAAGUUGUCAAAAUGAUGUCCAAAGCCCUGAAUCAUCUGUGUCAAGAAAUCUUAGAAGUGUUGAACAGUGGCCCUCUACUUUUAACAUACCUGCCUUUUCUUUGGAUGUGGAGCUCAGGCUGCGUAAAGCCAAUGAGAUAUACCAGCAGACAAAGAAGCCUCUGAAUGUCCCAAGGGACAUGAAGUGUGAGAUUCUGGACAAGAUUGUGCAAGCAAUUUUUGAAAUUAAAGCCUACCCCGAUGCCUAUGAGGUCCAGUCAGUUGCCUCUGCUCUAGUACAAAAACAUCCUUGCCUUGCAGAACCUGGCAAACGCACAGGUUGGGAUGGAUGGGUUAUGAGUAUCAAGUUUAAGCUUGGCAAUUAUCGAGCUAAAUUGAGAGAGGCUGGUUGUUCAGAAGUUAGUGUUAACACUAAAAGAAAAUCACAUGAGGGAGUGACGGCCACCAUAAAAAAGCCUAAAAGAGCAGAGGUCAACUUUUUACCGGACCAUCCUGAGGGCCAGACAGAUGAUUCGCUUGAGGAGGUGAGACUUAUCAUGAUCGAUGAAAUGAAAAAAAAAAGGAUUGAUUCAACACUCAUUCAACAGAAGAUGCAAGAAACAUUUUCUCUUCGCCGCAAAGAAGUUGUAGAGAUUCAGCCACUAGUUGAGGAAAUCAGAGAGAGAUGGCCUGCUCUUUUUCUAAAGGAUGAGAUCUGCAUGGAGUUUUUUCGUAUCAGUAACGUUGACCUCCUGGAGAAGUUCAACAUGUCCCUUGAAAAAUACACAACACCUCUCCUGAAACUGUACAGAAAGAGAACAGAUGCAUUUGGAGAAGAAAUUAAGACUCUUUUGGACAAGCUGGAUGAACAGUCUCCUACGCAGUUGACACAGUGCAGCAUUUCCGUGUAUACGACAGAACGCCGGCUCCUGCGUCAGCAUCACAUGUAUGCAUCACGUCACGUGAACAGAGCCGGCCAAUACUGA